AUGGACAUUAACAAUGCUUUUCUACAUGGUGAUUUACAUGAACAAGUCUUUAUAAAGAUUCCUCAAGGCUAUAAGCCUUUAGGGGAACUUCUAGUAAAUGUUGUUUAUAAACUUAAUAAGAUUUAUGUCGAAGAUCUUGUUAUUUCAAGCAAUAAUGACAUGGAUGCCUUUCAUUUUAAACAACAGCUUAAUUCCAAAUUCAAACUCAAAUAUCUUGGUCCUUUACAUUUCUUUCUUGGACUUGAGAUUGGUCGAUCUAACAAUGGCAAUUCUAUUUCGCAGAGACCUUUCACUUUACAAAUUCUUAAUGAAACAGGUUUUUUAGGUGCUAAAGCUUCUUCAACACCUACGAAACCAAACUAUAAACUCAGUAAAGAUGAAGGAGAUAUUUUGGCUGAUCCAACAACAUAUAGAAGCCUCGUUGGUAAACUUAUCUACCUUACUGUCACUAGGCUUGAUAUUUCUUAUGCAGUAAAUUGA